CGUACUUCCUAGGCAGCUUUUCCCCGUCUGAUAAGCACGGUCACUGAUAAUCGGGUGCCAAACAAGUCGCGACAAAUGGUCCCUAUCUUGACACUGCUCCGGGGGGGUGGGCCGAUGGGGAUAACGAUUCUGGUGCUGCUGCCUCGGGAUGCGGGCCGACAGUUGCACGCAAAGACUGAUGUCGUGGCCCUUAUGAAGGACCUUCAUCCACUUCUCCUAUGUUCGGAAAGAGAACUCGCAAGAACUUGGAUCCUCUUCACCUGCAAUUAUGCCAAUUUUGAUACCCAGUCGACAGUUAUGCAUCUCCAUAGAUCGCGGUGGAACAUUCACUGACUGUAUCUGCAAGGUACCUGGUGAAGAGGACAUCGUCGUGAAAUUCCUCUCGGUUGAUCCCAAAAAUUACGAUGAUGCCCCCACAGAAGCGAUCCGGAAGGUUCUGGAGAUCUACUACGGCAAAAGCAUACCUCGCAGGACGGGUCUGGACACGAAGGACAUCGGUAGGAAACACUCUCCCGGUGUUCAAACCAUCCAUUUUCUCACUCUGGCGCAUAGAAUGAAUUCGAAUGGGAACAACAAUCGCGACAAACGCGGUGAUGGGGCGCAUCCUGGUGGCGAAGGGGUGAUCCGCGACGUGGAGUUUCGGACCCCCAUGACGGCGUCGGUUCUGUCUGAGAGGCAUAGCUUCAGUCCGUAUGGGAUGGCGGGGGAAGACGAUGGGAAGCGGAGAUUGAAUACGUGGGUUCAGCAUUCGGGGACGACGGUGUCGAUUGGAGGGAAGAACUCGAUUCUGGUUUCUGCUGGCGAUCGCAUGGUGAUUGAGACGCCUGGUGGUGGCGGGUAUGGGAGGAAGCAGGAUCGUCUGGGACAGGGUCUUUUGUCUGAUAUGUCCAAGGUUAUGCCUUCGUUUGUGCCUCUUGCGAAUGGCUCUGUCGAGGCGACUCGUAGCUUGGCAGAGCAGGUAUAGUUGUGAAUUAGGGUACUAACUACAGAUUACUUGAUUAUGUAAACAGGACAAGGAGAAGGGUUUUCUAAUUGAAAGCUCAACAUCACUUGGUCAUCUGCAUUGGAAGUGGUUGUAUGCAUCUG